GGGCACUCAUAUCAACAGCACCAAUCUAAACAAAGACAUUUGAUUGUUAUGUCUUUAAUAAUAAUCUUAAAACAAGCUAGUUAAAUAAAUUAGAACUUGGGAUGAUGUAAAAGGAAGGACGCAUCUUUGGCAUAAAUAGGGAUACGUAGCCUUGUCCCCUCUUGCUACAGCCUGUAGGGCUUGGCAAGCCUUCUUGUCUGGGAAGAAAUAAUGAUCAACUUAUUUACAUCCGGUGGGACGUAUAUCUAUCUACCCAGGUAGGUAUCUAUACAUCGCCUUGGCGCGCGCUGGUGCAUAGGAUGUCUCCUUUAAGAGGGGGCAGAGCUGGAGUUUCGUGUGACAAAGGAACAGCAAGUGUCCAGGAAGGGGCCUUGAACCCAUGAGAAGUAAACUCCGAGCACUGAGUGGGAGCGGUUGGUGUAAGGUCACACUGGUUGGUGAGGUCGUACUUGUGACGAGAAUGCACCAACCUUCGAAUCGACAAAAUGAGAACAACUGUUGCGGGUGGCGCGAUUCUUACUGAUAUCAGUAUCAGUCGUAUCGCGUUCAGACUCUCUGGGAAUCGAGCACCCUGCAGAUUCUGUUACGUCUCAAGGCGUUCUCGAUAUUCCCUAAGCAGCUCAAUCCAGUUCUUAGGCAUGACAGACUAGAGCCUCAAUAACAGUCGCCUUGACAGCCUAGAAAAUCACAGCUCGACUUUCUGCUGCAAUUAAUGCCAAACACUUAGUCAAGAUGGCACACAUCAUGCCACAAACUUCCGCCAACGUUAUCCUGCCGUUUCUUCUUGGUGUAUCUAUGCACCACGGUGUAUUCAUUCACGGAGAAUGGCAUAAUCAGGCUCCAUCGAUUGUCGUUAGCCACUUUUCAUUUCUCUUUGUCUUGCUAGCGUUCAGAAUCGUCCGUGGGUCCGGGGCCGUCUUUCAAAUUGUAGUCGAGACGGCUCUCUCAACAUCCAUCUACUUUCUUGGCUUAUUCCUUAGUAUAGCAAUGUAUAGGCUGUUCUUUCAUCGCCUGAAAGCGUUUCCAGGGUCUCGCCUAGCUAGUCUUUCCAAGCUCUGGCAUGUCUGGAUGUGCCGAACGUCGAAAGGUCACCGCGUCCUUCAGGCCUGGCAGCAGCAAUACGGCAGUAUUGUCCGCACAGGCCCAAACGAGGUCACCCUUUUUCAUCCAGCUGCUUUCGAAUUUCUGGACGGCAUCAAGAACGAAAACACAAGAUCUGACUGGCAUGAUAUACUUCACCCAAAGUCAGGUGCUAUUUUCACAAGGGAUAAGAAUGCCCACAAGGCUCGGAAGAGAGUGUGGGAGUCAGCCCUGGGCUCUGGAGCUUUGAUUCAUCAUUAUGAAAGCCUCAAGCGGCAUGUCCAAGUACUCGAGAGUAUGGUCAGCGAGUAUAGUGAGACGCCGGUGGUUGUAAAUGACUUGUUGCACUGGUUCGCUUUUGAUUCAAUGGGUGAUUAUGGGUUUGGGCAAGACUUCGGCUUGAUGAGAGAACGAAAAUGGAGUCGCGCUGCUAUCAACUUGCACUCUUCUUUGUCUGUCCUCGGAUACUUGAGUCCUGCGAUCUGGGUCUGUAUUCUUGCGUUUUUCUUCAUGCCUGGGCUCUGGAAGGUAAAACAUUGGUUCCAAAUGAUCGAGUUUGGUGAUAAUUGCGUUGAGAAAAGGAAAAAACAACUUUCUGGACACGUGGAUAUAGUCUCAGCCUUCAUCCGUGACUAUGAAAAGCACAGAGAAGAUGAGAUCUACAACCCAGACAUGACGCUCAGUGGAGAAGCUGCCAUCUUGUUGGUCUCUGCAAGUGAAACGAUUGCUCCGACUCUGACCACCCUUCUGUACUUUCUGGCUCGCCAUCCAGAACAUGCAGCCAAAAUACAGAAGGAAUUAGAAGACGUCGAUACUACGGAUCCACAAGCUCUCUCCGUGCUGCCUCACCUUGCUGGGACGAUUAAUGAGGCAAUGAGGCUACUUCCUGCAGUAAUGAGCUGCAAUCCAGGUUCUAGAGUGUCUCCACCCCAAGGCCUGAACAUUGAUGGGACAUUCAUCCCCGGUGGCGUCAAGCUUUGUGCAUCGCGAUAUUCAAUUGGUAGACUUGAGUCGGCCUUUGAAGAUGCCGAAAGCUUCAUCCCAGAAAGAUGGUACUCGCGGCCGGAGCUGAUUAAAGACAGACGAGCAUUUGUACCUUUCGGAGUUGGUCGCACUAGUUGUGUUGGAAGAAACGUUGCCCUUGCGACGUUGAGGCUCGUAACGGCACGUUUUCUGAGUAAAUAUCACAUAAGGUUUGCCCCUGGUGAAGGCAUUUCUGAGGCCGUGGAGAGAGACUUAAAAGAUGGGGUCGUGUCGCAGCCAGGCAAACUUGUUCUGGUUUUUAAAUCGCGGACUUCCGCCCAAGACUGAAGGGCCUUUGGUAGGACGAGCGGAAAUUUCUUAGUGCAGUCAAUUUGCUAGAAAUUGUUGAAUUACAGGGCCUAAGCCCUGUAUUUAGUACACUACUGUACUAGGUAAAGGUAGUUGAUUAAUCCGCUAUUAGAUAAAUUCCAUAUUUGAUUACCUAAAGAAUCCAGGGACACUAUUAGUGCUGGCU